AUGACAAAGAAGAUACUAGGAUGGAAGCCAAUGCUAAUCAAAGAAGUGGAUGAAAAUGGCUGGUCUCCGCUUCAUUGUGCUGCAUACAUGCGUGAUGCCGCAAUUACCAAGCAAUUACUAGACGGAUCAUCACAAGACAAGUCUGUAAUCUACCUUGGAAUAAAAAAUAGCAACAGAACAGCCCUUCACAUUGCAAGUUACAAUGGCUGUAUGGACAUAGUAAAGUUGCUGCUGUCACAUGCUCCAGAUUGUUGUGAGCAGGUUGAUGAGAAUGGCAAUAAUGUUUUUCACUUUGCCAUGAUGAAGAAGCACCCUUCUCAUUUUGGUAGUGAGGUAUUAAUAAAGGAUGGAUUAAGAGUGAGAGGACUUGUAAAUGAGAAAGAUGCUCAAGGAGACACACCCAUACACCUGCUUGCUUCUUUCGGAGUUAAUGAUGUAGAUUUCAUAUUGGAUGAAACGGUGGAUAAGAUGGAACGGAACAAAGAAAAGUUAAAAACGGAAAUCAAUAAGGAAAUCAAUAGAUACCAAUAA